UUAAUAAAAUGUGGAGUGGAAAUGUUUGAAUUAAUAUCCUCAGUCCAGCAAAGAUAUAAUGCAACAAAGGUUCAAAUCAUCAAUGGAUGUGUCUGUUUCGUUUUUUCUUUUGCUGAUGAGAAGAGUAUGGAGAAACUGUUAAAUGAUUUUUCCGAAAGAGGCAAACAUUUUAGGAAUUGCAUUUCUAAAAUUUUGUUGAACCAAACAUUCUUAGGUAUCUUUCAAAUACAUCCAAAGACAGUCACAUGGAAGGCAUGUGAACUCAAAGUUUACAAAGGAGCAAAAGAAGAAGAAGACAUAGAACCAGAAAAACCUGGAACCUUGAAAUAUAUGUUGUAUAUGGAAGAAGAUAUCGAGUUAGACGACCUAGAGGCACUACCAAUGUUAGAAGCUACAGCUGAAUCAGGGCUGGGUAAUAACACAAUAGAAGAUAUAAAACAGAUCACCAAAGCUUUGUGA